AAAGCUAUCCCUUUCAUUCUGGUCGCCUUUUAGUUAAAGUUAAAACAUUGGAAUUGAUUCAGUAACUCACUAGAAAUGCUACCGCGACAUUUGGCUAAUACUUUGUGUUGCUAAUAAGGGAAGCACAAUUUAAAUGUUACGAACGUUCAUUUAAUUUAAAUUAACAUUAAAUGUACAGGGAGCUAACGUUAGGUAGUGUUAUGCUAAUUGCUAUUAGCGUGGUGCUAACCAGUUAAAUUAGUUAAGUUAGUUAGUUAAGUCCUGAUAUGGUCUGCUCAUGUUAAUCUUGCAUAAAAAAGAACUCCCCAAUUUUUUUUUCCUAUUUUCCUGUUGAGUUUUUUCCAUUCCAUUGGGGGUGCAACCCCAAUCAUAUCCCCACUCCACUAUCUCAUCAAUUCCUUCUUGAACUCUUCUGAAUGGAUACUCUAUGUUCCUUCCUCUUUUCCACAGGGCCCCAUCAUUGCAAACAGUGACCUUCUUAUAUUCACUUGUACAUUUGCGAACACAUCAUUGAUCAUAAUGAUAAAAAGUAGUGGACUUACCACAGUUCCUUGAAGUUUACUGUUUCCAAAUGAAUAUUGAUUGGACAAAUCUGAUCCAAUCUGUUCUUGAAUUUUUCUUCCAAACAGAAAAUCCUUUAUCCAGUUGAAAAAUCCCACCUACUCCCAUCUUGUGCAGCUUAACUAACAACCCUUCCUACCACAUCAUGUCAUAUGCUUUUUCUAUGUCCAAAAACACUAAUUACUGAGUCUUUAUUCGCCUGGGCUUUUCUUAUUUCAGUUUCUAACCUUAUCACUGGCAUUCUUUCUUUUUCUGAAACCACUCUGAUAGCUUGCUAUCAUUCCUUUACUAUCAAGCUCAGAUGAUAGCCUUUCAGUUAUCAUCCUUUCCAUUAUCUUGCAUAUAUUUGAUAUAUAUGAUUUAGAUGGAUCGUUGCCAGGUUUGCUUAGACAUAGCUGAUCUUUCCCAGGAGAGGUUGGUCUUCAUUUGUUUACUGCUCUAAAAAAUGUAUUUAAUCAUUUUUUGAAUUUACUUCAGCUGUACUGUUAGUCACUCACUGCAAUGAAUGUAACUAAGGCCCCUUUAGCCACAAAAAUCCUAUCAUUUGUUCUUUGCUGCAUGUCUUCUUGUUCAUUAUUCACAUUGCUCUGUCCCCUUGACACUCUUACACUUUCUGCAUACGUGAUUCUUCUUUCCACUCUUACUUUUUGAAUUUUAUUGUCCCUCUUCAUAACCUCACAUCCACGAUAUGACACAUUAUGUGCUCCUCUACAGUUCCAGCAUUUUGGUUGCAACCCUGUUCCACACUUUCCAUACUCAUGGUCACCCCCACAUCCAGCACAUCUCCUCUUCUCUUUAUAGUUUUUAGCUGUGUGUCCAGACCUUUGACAAUUAAAGCACCUCAAUGGCUUUGGAACAUAAACUCUCACUGGGUAACUCAGAAAACCCAAGAAUACCUUCUUUGGUACAAUAUCUCCUUCAAACUCAAUCAACACUGUUUCACUAUCCCUUUUCACUCCUCUUGUUGUUUUCAGUCUUUGUGCAUUCAUUAUUUUUCCUCCUUUUACAUUUCUCUCCUCCAUACCCCCGUUUAUGCCCCCCAGUGAUCACUCCUUUACAUCCACCAACAUUUCGUGCUCCCACCCUUCCUGUGCUGUCCACCUUAUUUUUUUCUAUUUCUUUUAAUCUGCUUUCUCAAGUUGUUCCUCAUUUGCACACCUCACCAAUAGAUUGCCAUCAAUAAGAACCUUAGCGUAUUGUGUUUCCCCAAUCUUACUUGCCAGAACAGAUUAACUUCCUUGAGCCUUUUCAUUAAACCUUUUAAUGACAAUACAUUUCUCAGGUCUUUCCUCUGAACUCGCUUAUGCCUUCUUCCUCACUUUUUGAUCUUUCUUUGUGAUCUUUUCUUAUUCUUUUGUACCCUUUGCCUCAAUUUUCAUUCAUCCGACCCUUCUUUUUUCAAUACUCUUCAUCUCGCCCUUCAUCACAAUCCAUAUAUGUAUAUAUCCAUUUCGUGCAAAUUGUAACAUCUUUAUAUGUCACUAAUGUUUGAUUAAAGCAGGUGAUUACCAUGCUGGGGGGAUGAAUAACCCUAUGAAAGAGCUGAACACACCACAGAGGAAACAGGAAUAUACUGACACUAAUGACCAUUCUUCAAAAGACUGUGGCUCUGUAAAGGACAGUGAUGUACACCCUGGCCCUGCUGGAGUCCCUCCUGUAUGGGCAGCCCCCCCUUCAGAUAUCAGUCUGCCUGGAGUAGUUCCCCAUUCUCACCAGCAUACUAUCCAGCCAGGAAUGUUGGACCCUCUCAGCCUAAGGUUCCACUGUCCAUGUCAGUCCACCCAGUGUCAGCUGACCUAUCCAGACUACCUCCUGGAGCCCCAGCUGAGUCAGUAUCACCUCCUGACCGGUCCACCAGACAGCAGCCAUUGCAGUUCUGUUUCUGGUUCCUGGUUUACUAAUGAACCCGUUCUCUGCAGCAUGAUGCCGGGGGACCUACAUGCCCCUGUAGCCAGUAUGUGUGUACCACAGGCCAUGGACCAUCAGCAGUUUCGGGAGGGACCCCACCUUACACAGCCUGUGGUGUGUAAUGUGAGCGGAGGUGGACAGGUGGUGCUGGUUAACCCCUGUGAUCCCGGACCUGUGCUCCUUACCCUGAAAUCCGCACCCCUGCACAGAGAUGAGGCCCCGACUCAAGGCAAAGUUGAGGACAAAGUUUACAAGGGUGUGAGUGUGCUGGACACUCCCAGCCAGCUUCCUGAGUACCCCCAGGCAGCUUUUCCCCUGUAUGAGUCCAGAGAUCAGACAGCCAACAUGCAGCCUCAAGUCCCUGCAGCACAAACCGUGUGUGAAUCAAGGUCCAGGAAACCCUGCCACUGCACCAGAUCCCAGUGCCUCAAACUUUACUGUGAGUGUUUUGCAAAUGGAGUGAUGUGCAGCAACUGUGACUGCUCUAACUGCCACAACAACGCAGAGCACGAAAUGAAGCGUCACAAGGCAAUUAAGUCCCAUGAUGCAUCCCUUGAGACAGAAGGUUCAAAAUGGACACAAGAUAUCGAAAGCGCAAGUCUGAGGGCAAACUCAAAUUUUUCAGUGACCUUGGAUGCAAAAGCAUUAAAAAGACAACUAAAACAAUGGAGACAAAAUUCUGCAAAAUAUUACAGAAAACAAAAGACCUUGAGAGAUGUUCUAGAUCUCACCCCACCCUCGAUCACCGAUGAGACAGAUGUUGAGCCUGGACCAUCAAGAAAGGUCUUGCGUCCGAUGACAGAAAAUGGUGAAAAUCAGUGUGCUCUUGAAGCUCCCUCACCAGUAGUCACUCUAAGAACAUCAACACCAAAACCAAACAGGUCUGCUGCAUCAAGGCUUAGAGCCAAACUCAUAGAAAAAAGUAAAUCACUGCAAACGAAACACAGAGAAAUAGACAGGCUAAGAAAGCAAGUAAAACGAAUGAAAAUGAGAAAGGAAGAAACAAAAACAAGGAAUAAGCUGACAAAAGAUGUCCGUUCAUCUGUCAAGAGGAGGCAACUGAUGGGAAGUGCAAUCAGAACCUUCUUUCAUCGUAAUGAUGUAUCCACGAUUGUGAAUGGGAAAGCUCAGAUCAGGAGAAGUGGGCAGGUGUUCCAGAGAAGGUUUCUCUGUGACACUGUAGAAAACCUUCACAAACGUUUCCUGAUGGAGGACCCAAGCAAGAAGAUUUCUCAUGCUCAGUUUUUUAAAUGCCGCCCACAAAGUGUGGUACUUCCCAGAGGACAUUAAACAAGUCAUCCCAGAGCCAAUGCCUGCAACGUCUUCUGCUCGUCAUUUUUGUGUCUUGCCUGAAAUUUGGGCAAAGUACUCAAAGGCCUGAAUUACAUGAAAUGGCAUUUCAAUCCGUUUUAACUUUUUAUCGUUCACUUGUUGUUAAUAAGUUAUGUCAUGAUGUCCCGAUGACCUUUUUAAAUGAAAUCAUUCCAUCAUCAAUCAUUACCGCAACAUAAAAUCUCAUCCUCCGCAACAGAUUUUUCAUUACCGU